AUAGAACAAUUCCUGCAAUCCAAAAAGUCCGUCAUAAGCAUUCAAAAUCUGGACGAGCUGUGUUGUGCCUGUGCGCUGGUCGCCGCCAAAGCCUACCGAGAUUGGGGUUGCCGACAUUGGCAAUACGAUAACGUGAGAAGGGGGCACCCCAUCCAAGGACAGUUGGCCAGACAGUUACAUCGUCGUGCUCGAGUCCCAGAAGGCCCUUGUGGAAUUGGAGAGUUAAAUUUGUUCCAGAUAGUCCUGGCGGAUUAUCAGAUCGUGGUCGUCUCUGCCGAUCACGGCUACCAGAUCAUCUUCAAAGGCCCUCACCAACCCGACAACAAAUUGUUGUGUCUCAUCAAAGUCCAAAACCAUUUCCAUGUAUGCCACCCCCUGGCCGGGUUCUUUGGCAAAAACUACUACUGUUUGGAAUGCGAAAAGGGUUUCAACAACAAUGACUUGAGGCACCACAGGUGCCCCAGCCGAAAAUGCCAAUGUUGCCACCAAACCAAUUGCCUUGACUUUGCCGCUGCCCAAGGACCCGCCUCCGUGCCGUGCAAAUAAUGUCAUUCUGUCUUCUUCGGACCCGAGUGCCUCCUCAACCAUCAGACCCAUACCAGUGCUGGACGUGUGGCUGUACCGCAGACAACCGUCUCCAACACCCAUCAGCCCUGUCAAUCCUGCCAGACUCUGUGCCAAAAGCUCCUGACCGGUCAAAGACACUGUUGCAGGUACAGCAAAUGCCCGUCGUGUAAGGAGGUCGUACCCACCGACACCGUUGUUACAUUCAACCGAUUGUGAAACAGGUUCCCCGGCCCACCAGUUGUCGCUGCCGUGGGGCCGCCGCAGGACUGGCACCCUGCAAGCCAACACCAGUAGCCUUGAUGAUAAUGAUGAAGCUGAGGAAGAGGGAACAUCAUGAAAGUGAUGAACAGUUCACCUUUCAUGGCGACCAUUGUAUAGAGGCCUUCUUAGACUGGGCCCAGACUUCGAUGCAGACCAAUAACCCCGACGUUAGGAGAAAAGUGAUAUGCAUUGCGCAUAAUUUCAAAGGAUACGAUUCUUAUUUCGUGUUGGAACAAUGUCAUGCCAAGUACCUCAAACUGGACCAACUGGCCAAUGGUACCAAGAUUUUGUCUCUGUCGUUUGGGGGCCUCAAGUUCCUCGACAGUUUGUCCUUCUUGCGGAUGGCACUCUCCAGUUUUCCCAAGGCCUUUGGCUUAUGCGAACUGAAAAACGGUUUUUUCUCCCAUUUUUUUAAUGUGAAAGAACAUGAACACUACAUAGGACCUAUUCUUACCCGUGGCUACUACGAUCCUGAAGGCAUGAGCACGACGAGAAAAGCAGAAUUUGAGGAAUGGCAUGCUGCCCGUGUGGCAGAACAUUACGAGUUCAACUUUCAAGAGGAACUGUUGACCUAUUGCGAAUCCAAUGUCUGCCUCCUCAAGGAAGGGUGUGUGAAAUUUGCCCAUGAAUUCCAGCAACUGGCAGGGUUUAACCCCUUCGAACAUUGCAUCACCAUUGCCAGUGCUUGCAACCGUUUUUUCCGCAAACACAAGGGAAAGCCUUAUUCCCGCGCUGCCAUGGAAUGGCUCCAUUGGCAAGAACACGUACAGAGAGAAGCCAGGCAUGACGCCAUCACCCAGGAAGAGUGGGAGCAGCACGAUGCCAUGGCGGAAGCUUACCCAGAGUACCAACAUCCGUUCAUGGAAGCAGACCAAAUCCAGCACGCCAAAAAUAAAGGUGAACAGACCCUCCUGAUUGCCAACAAACCCCUUUGCGUGGACCGGUACAACGCUGUCAGUCGCACCGUGUACGAAUUCCAUGGAUGCUUCUUCCACGGGUGCCCCACCUGUUUUCCGAACCGCCAUGCCCAGAUCCGGAUGCACGACAGACAAACUAUGGAUGACCUGUACCAGCGCACCCAGGCGUGGGACCGAGCCAUCCUCCAAUCUGGGUACUCUCUCCAAACCAUGUGGGAGUGCGAGUGGAAUCGACUCAAGGCAUACCGCGAUGAUAUCCAAGGGUUAGGUCUCGUGGACCACCUCGAACCCCGAGACACGUUCUACGGAGGACGCACCGAAGCUGUGAAACUGUACGCCACCGCUGACCCGGAGAAAGGCGAGUUCAUUCAUUACCUGGAUUUCACCUCAUUAUACCCCUGGGUGAACAAGAACUGCCGUUACCCCGUGGGACAUCUUGUCAUCCUCAUGGAGCCUGAAUCCUCAGACCCGUCUCCUUACUUUGGCCUCGUGAAGUGCACAAUACUGCCACCUUAUGGCUUGUACUUGUCCGUUCUACCCUACCGGAGCCAGGGAAAAUUGCUUUUUCCCUUGUGCAAAAGUUGUGUUGAGGAAGAACUUGGGAAGCCGUUCUUGCGGUGUAGCCACCAUUGCAGUCAUUCCGAAGCCGCCUGCGCCCUGAACGGCACUUAGUGCACGCCAGAGCUCCAAGAAGCCUUAACCCAGGGGUAUGACAUACUCAAAAUCCACGAGAUUUGGCAUUUCCCACAAACCUCCACGAGUUUGUUCGCCCAAUACAUCAACACGUUCCUCAAGCUCAAGGAAGAGGCCGAUGGCUGGCCCACUCCUGUAGGUACAGAUGAAGCAAAACGCCAGGAAUACAUCGCUCAAUACCUAGAGCACGAAGGAGUUCAGCUGCAGUAUCAUGCCAUCGAGAAGAAUCCUGCUAAGAGAGCCUUAGCCAAAUUGAUGCUUUCC